AAGCUGACAAGGAUGGCAUAUGCCAUGAAAUCCCUCAGCUUUCUCAACCCCAAGACCCUCUCCAGAUAUGUGGCAGUGAGCACCUCGGUGGUAACCCAGAAGCUGCAGUUGGAGCCCAGCCCCGAGGCCCCCAGAGCCCGGCGCUACCGAGUAAGCAAUGCCGACAGGAGUGUACGGAAGGGCAUCAUGGCGUACAGCCUUAAGGACCUCUUCCACAAGGUCCAGGACACCCUGAUGCUGGCAGACAAGCCCUUCUCCCUGGUGCUGGAGGAAGACGGCACGAUUGUGACAGAAGAGUAUUUCCAAGCCCUGGCAGAGAACACAGUGUUCAUGGCGCUCCAGAAGGGGCAGAAAUGGCAGUCCCCAUCAGAGCAGGGGGCUAGGUACCAACUCUCCCUCUCCCAAAAGCCUGCCAAGAAGAUAGAUGUGGCCUGUGUGACCUUCGACUUGUACAAAAUGAACCCGCAGGAUUUCAUUGGCUGCUUGAAUGUGAAGGCAACUCUCUAUGGCACAUACUCCCUUUCCUACAAUCUGCACUGCGGUGGGGCCAAGCACAUCAUGAAGGAAGCUCUUCGCUGGGCCCUCUUCGGCAUGCAGGCCACCGGCCACGUGCUGCUUGGCACCUCCUGUUACAUGCAGCGGCUCCUGGAUGCCACAGAGGAAGGGCAGAACCCCAAGGGCGAGGACUUGUCCCUCAUCCCACCCUGUCUGAAGAUACUGCAAUGA